AGCAAAUGAGAAUUGCGGUUAUCAUCUGCACAUCUCUAUGCUUUUGCGAAACAGAAGCGAGAGUAGUCAAUAACACAGAAUUCGUAGAAUUACUAGUGCCGGUAUACUGUAAUGCAACGUUACUUCCAAGUGUGGAUGUGGAUGUGCAAAGAGUUCAGGCUGGCUGCGACAUAACAUUGCGUUUUCCCGGAAGAUCUAAGAGCAAAAUGUGGCUGCGUGCAGUGGUUGAAGGACAAGGAAGCGAACAAACAGUAUCCCAGGAGGCUUUUCAAGACUGUGGAUAUGAAGUAAAGAAGUUGCGCCAAAUUUACCAUAAGAUGUGCUACGGAUUUGCUUCGAUAUACUUCACGAGGAAGUUGCGAAGGUUUGCUACGAUAAAAAGCCCAGGAGUUCUUGAGUUACGUAAUCUUACGAUGGAGGAUUCUGGAAUAUACCAAGCACGAAGCGGGCGUUCAUACAACGAAUUCACUCUACAAAUUGAGAAGCCACACUUCAAACUGAAGGUUAUGAAUGUGAAUGUCACAGGGAAUUGA